AAGUUUUGGCACUACGUCGUCUCUGUAGAAACGUAUAGUAUUGUUAAGUAGAGACGGUCCAAUUCCAUUUGGAGGAGUUAUUUUGUUUUCCAAUUAUUCGCUGCAGGUACAAAGAGUCGACGACUCCCGGCCCCAAUGGUACAUACCAACACAGACUGAGAAAACCCCCAAUUACUACUGCAUUUGCGUUUGGUUGCGAUCAAAACCCCAAUUGGAGUCCAUUGCCUUCUUGUUUCUCACAGUUCCACACACCAUUCUCCCAUAACCGAAGCCCGAGCCCAACACGAUUCUCAACUCCCAUUGAUUGAACAAACUAGCUAUCCGAAUGGGAAGCCCUGAGAAUCGGGUUGCUUCCGACUCCGCCGAUACCACAUCCAAGAAUGAUUCUGAAGACGACGACGACAAUGGAGUUCAAGCCCCGCCUUCCCGUCCUUGUCCUUUCUCAGAAGGAGAGAAGGUCCUCGCUUUUCAUAGCUUCGUCAUAUAUGAAGCUAAGGUACUGAAAACAGAAUAUCAGUUGAAAGAAUGGAGAUGUUAUGUUCAUUACCUUGGAUGGAGCAAAACUUGGGAUGAAUGGGUAGGACUUGAUCGAUUACUGAAGUUUACUGAAGAGAAUGUACAGAAACAGCAGGAACUCAAUGAGAAGAGGGGGACCGAGAAGAAGGCAUCUCGAGCAUCUCAGAUUAAGCCCAAGAAUGUGACAAAAGGGAGGAAGCGAAAGAAUGAUGCUAGUAAGGAUAAGAGUGCCAUGAAUGUUGAAAAGCUUGUGAGCAUACAGAUUCCAGUUAAGCUAAAGAAGCAACUAGUUGAUGACAGUGAGUUUGUCACGCAUCUUGGGAAGCUGGUAAAGCUUCCACGCACACCUAAUGUAGAAGAUAUAAUGAAGAAAUAUCUUGAAUACAGGCUGAAGAAGGAUGUAACGAAAGAUGAAUCAGUUGGAGAGAUUGUGAAGGGGCUGAUUUGUUACUUUGAUAAAGCACUACCCGCAAUGCUUCUAUACAAAAGCGAACGCCAACAAUAUGAGGAAUUGAUGAUCAAUGAUGUCUCCCCUUCUUCCAUUUAUGGUGCCGAACACCUUCUUCGUCUAUUUGUUAGGUUGCCCGAGUUAUUGUCUCAAGCCAAUAUUGAAGAGGAGACUUUGAUGGAACUGCAACAGAAGUUUUUAAGGAAGAAUCAGAAUGCAUUUUUCUUGUCAUCGUACCACGUGCCUGAGAAUAUGGAAACAAGUACAAACAAUGCCCGAUGACUAAUACAUGCAAUCUCUCAAUAUCAAUUUAGCUUAUUCAAGCCAUUACUCCAUUGUGCCUUUUCAUAUCACUGUACAUAUUUCUAAUAUCGUCUGAACUUCAAUGCGAACGAUCAUAAACGUUAGCUAGCCCUUUAUAUCAAAAUUCCAGCACUUUUUACUUUUUUUUGUUUCCGAGUCUGUUUUUCUUUGGAUCUAUCUCUAAUCUUCGAGUUCGUACAUCCCCCCUUUUGCUUUAAUAAUUUCGUGUGAGAGUUUGUGUCUUCGUGAGUUGAUCUGAAAACUGUACACCACAAUCCACAUUUCCAAAUUCCAAGUGGUUGCUCAACUAUUAUAUACUUGCUAUUUUGUUUUGUUCUUGAACCAUUUAUCUACAAAGCCAUUUUUUUAUUAUUCAAUUCUUGUCCACCCACCACAGUUCCCACUUGUCUUUUCUUGGAUUUUCGUCAUUCUGUUCUGCAUCUCGAAACACUCUCUCCUUUCUAAAAAGAUGCAAAUCCAAAAUUUUCAAAUAUAUAUAUUUUUUUUGUACUUCUGGUUAUUAUUCUUACAUAUAUGUUAAUAAAAAAAAAAAAAAAAAAAGGAACAGGAAUUUUGCAUAAAUUUGCUAAAAGAUCACCAUCUUGAACCCGAUGAUCUAGUUCUAUAAUUAUACGAUAUAUUUGAAGUUGUCUACGUUGUUCAACCCACAGCCCCCCAAUUUUGUUGUUCUUCCUUCUGUACACUACCAAAAUUUAUUGCCAUCUAUUGUUUUUGGGGUGGGGAAAAGGAGAAAAGAAAAAGAAAAAAAAAA